AUGACAGUUCCCAAGGAAAUUUCUCCCUCAGAUGAAAUUAAAGGUGCAUCAGAAGUUUCAUACUAUACUCCAGCACAGCCAGUAGCUGCUGGUACCUUUUUCGAAAACGAAAAGAACCUCGAUGCUCCGGCACCAGCGAUAUUCAGUCCAUUGAAAAUAGGAAACAUGACGAUUCAAAACAGGAUCGGGGUAUCGCCAAUGUGUCAAUACUCAGCGGAUUAUCAAUAUGAAGCAACUCCGUAUCAUUUGAUCCAUUAUGGUGCAAUGCUUAAUCAUGGACCAGGUAUAACUAUUGUCGAAAGUACAGCAGUAUCACCGGAAGGUCCAUUAUCACCACACGAUUUAGGAAUAUGGACAGAUGAACAAGCGCAAAAAUUAAAACAGGUUGUUGAUUAUGCCCACUCUCAAAAACAAAAGAUUGCUAUACAAUUGAAUCAUGGAGGCAGAAAGGCAUCGGGUCAGCCCCCUUUUUUGCAUUUAGAGCAAUUAUGCGACGAAACAGUUGGCGGGUUUCCUGAUAAAGUAGUUGCACCAAGUGCCUUACAAUUUAGACCCCAUGGCAAUUUAGUCAAACCUCAUGAAUUGGAAUUGGACGAUAUCAAACGCAUAAUUCGACAAUUUGGAGAUGCUGCGAAAAGAGCCGUUGAAAUAAGUGGAUUUGAUGCGUUGGAGAUCCAUGGUGCCCAUGGCUACUUGAUCAAUGAGUUUUACAGUCCUAUUUCAAACAAAAGGACUGAUGAAUAUGGAGGAAGUUUCGAAAACAGAGUACGGUUUCUUUUACAAGUGAUUGACGAAAUCAGUUCCAAAAUUGAUGCUACUAAAAUUCCGUUAUUUGUGAGAAUCUCAGCUGUUGAAAACAGUCCUGAUCCAGAAGCAUGGUCAAUUAAUGAUUCAAAGAGAUUAGCUGAUUUAUUAAUCGCAAAGGGUAUUAAAUUGCUUGAUGUCUCUUCGGGAGGAAACGAUUACAGACAAGCAGCAAGAUCGGGUUUAAGUCAAGAGAAAAAAGAGCCAAUUCACGUUCCUUUUGCUCGCGAGAUCAAGAAACAUGUAGGCGAUAAAUUGUUAGUUGCUUGUGUUGGAGGAUUGGAAAAAGAUCCUUUUUUGGUCAAUGAAUAUAUUGAAAAGGGCGAGUUUGAUGUUGCUCUCAUUGGAAGAGGCUUUCUCAGAAACCCGGGCUUGGUAUGGACAUUUGCUGAUCAGUUGGGCGUUAGAUUACAUCAAAACUUACAACUAGGUUGGGGUUUUUGGCCUAAUAAACAGCAAAUCAUUGAUUUAAUUAAAAGAACAGAAAACGCAAGCUUGGAAAAGUAG